AUGGAUCCUCCGCAGUAUUCGUCUUUUUCACCUUCUUCGUCUUCACCUUCUGUUGUGCCUCGUCGUUUCUCGCCUUCCCCGACUCUUUCGUAUUCGUGUGGCGCCUCAGAUCUCCAGAGCGCUGCCGACACCUUUUUCCCCUCGGGGCACGCGUUUCGUCGGCACGGGCUUUUCCGGAGCACGCGCCGCGUUUCUCGGUCUUUCCUCUUCGCGUUCUCGGGUUCCUUCCUGGCCUUGGUUUUUCUCUUCUCUUUCUCCUUCCCCUCCGAGGGCCCCGUAGAACGCUUGCGAGCGAUUUCGCAACCGAACCGACCGAUUUCCGUGCGGCUUGUCGCAGAGGCCAGCUCGGAUCUGUCGCGCACGCCGACGCUCGAAGCCGACGAGCCUGCCGAGGACUCUGCCGAGGACUCUGCCGACAACUCCACGAUAUCCGAGGAUCCUGAACGUGCGCAGGACCACAACGGCCGAGCUGCCGCAGAAGAUGUGGUUGUUCCUCUCGCCAGCGCCGCCGCAGUGAGGGCGAACCGCGACUUGCGGGCGCUGCGGCGGCGCUCAGGCCGCGGCCGCCUCAGCAAGUUGGCCAAGCCCCGCGCGUUCCUUUCUUCUCUGGUCCGACUGGAAGCUUCAGCGCGCACGACUCGCCACUCUGGACAGGCGCCUCAGGACGGCGCGAGAGCGGUCUCGGGCGAUUCGGCAGCCCAAGACAACGCGCGCGACCGUCCUGGAGACGCGGGCGACCGGCGGGGCGACCGGCGGGACGGGGGGGUUGCUCCCGUCCCGCCAGCAGACGCCGACAGCCACGUGCCGGCGGGGCGGAACUUGACGACCGCCCUGCAGCGCGGUCGGGCCCUGCGCGCCGAAGGCCACGGAGCCGGUCGAGGUGGCACGGACGGCGGCAGAAAGCGCGGACUCGCGAACGGGAGCGUCCAGCGGCUGGUUGCGCAAGCAGUCAGGACGCCCGCCGGCUCCAUCGCGUUGAACUUGUUCGUCAGCUUCGUCGUGGCGUACGUCACGUGGCGAGUUGUGCGCAGUCGCGUGCCGGGCUGGGUGCCGGGCGGUCAAGGCGCCAAGGCGAAGGGUGAUCUCAUUGCGCCGAACGAAUGGAUCGACGGCAAGCCAGGCGCUGCGGGCGGCGCCGGAAAAGGCGCGAAAGAAAAGCCUUCGGCCCUGGACGACCUCAAGGCGCGCGCAAACAGUCUCAAGGCGCUCAACACGCGGGUGGAGGCUAUUCGGCGCGGCCAGGCGCACAAGACCACGCGCGAGCUCCAAAAGGAAACCCGCGCUCUGAAGCAAGAGAUCGAGGAGCUGUACCCUGCGCUGCAGCGGCUGCGCGCGGCAAACGCCUCGAUGGAACGCGAACUGGCCUCGAGCGCCCUCGGCCAAGCCGGCGCACCUCCAGGAGCAGCGAACGUCCCGCCUGGAAUGCUCUUCCCCGGCGGCGAGAAAGGCGCGCAGCCCCUGGUCCUUCCGCUGCUGUCCACGGCCGACCCUGUUGGAGGAAGCUCGACGUACGUGGCGUUGCCCGCCGCGCCGCACGGAGCUGGGGCGGCCGCGUUCUUCUCGCCCCAACACUUUCGCGGGCCAGAGGCGCCGUCCACGCCGCCGCGCGCGGCUGCGAAGCCUGGCCCCGCGGCGGCGGUCCCCGCGGCCGCUGCGCUGCCGAGCGCGCUGGAGGCCGAGAUCGCGGCCAUGGAAGCCGAGAAGCGUUUGCAGCAGGCGCAGGCGGAGAAGCGCGCGCUCUCGAGUAAACUGCAAGCGGUCGAGGGCGACGUGGGGCUGCUGCGUGAGCGUCUGAGGAUCAGCGAAGGGAAAAUGUCUGACGAAGUCGCCGCGACGGGCGCUCUCCGGCAGCGAAACGAAGAGCUCCUCGAGGACGUUCAGCAGGCUCACGCGGAUCUGCGGGACGUGCAGCGCAGCUACGAUUCCGUCAAAAACUACGCGGAAGACAUGAGCAAGUACAGCGAUCUCCUCGAAAAGAAAGUCGCCGCUCUGGAGGCCCAGCUGCGGAGUCAGCCCGAGGCGCGUCGGUAG